AUGGGCUCCCACCUCUCCCGCCUCUCCUGCUUUCACUCAACACCACCGCAACCGUCUCCCGCGCCGAACCCCGUCGCGAAACCGAACCCGAAAAGCCCUGCCAAGUCGCCCAUGCCAGUUCGACAAGCCGUCAAAAUGGCCACCACCGCCGCCGCCGACAUCCCAACCGUCGAGCUCCUCUACAAGCUCGGCAAGCUCUCCGCCCCCACGAAGCCCCUCUUCCCGCCCAACGCGUCGCACAACCAAAAGGUCGCCGUCAUCCGCGGCGACAUCACCAAGCUCGGCGUCGACGCCAUCGUCAACGCCGCGAACACCGGUCUCCUCGGGGGCGGCGGUGUCGACGGGGCCAUCCACCGCGCCGCCGGCCGCGGUCUGCUGCAGGAGUGCCGCACCCUCAACGGCUGCGCCACCGGCUCUGCCAAGAUCACCGGCGCCUACAACCUCCCUUGCAAAAAGGUCAUCCACGCCGUCGGCCCCGUCUACGACGAGCUUGCGCCCGAGUCGUCUGUCGAGAAGCUCAAGGGCUGCUACCAGACCAGCUUGGAGCUCGCUGUCCAGAAUGGCUGCCGCAGCAUCGCGUUCAGCGCCAUUAGCACCGGUGUUUACGGAUACCCCAGCCGCGACGCCGCGCCGGUCGCCGCUGGUAUUGUGAGGAAGUUCUUGGACGGAGAGAACGGCGAUAAGCUGGACAAGGUCGUGUUCUGCACCUUCGAGAUGAAGGACGUCAAUGCCUACAACGACACUCUCCCUAACUUCUUCCCCCCUACCGAUAAGAACGCGCCCCAAGAGGAGGUCUCAGACGGCCCGUCGAAGGAGGAGGCCGAGGAGGCCAAGGCGAUCGCUGCAGAGCUUCCCAGCGUGCCAAAGGCCGAUCCUUCUGCAUAG